AUGGAGAAGAACAAGUCCGGGGGUGGUGACUGUGCGCUAAAUACGGAAUCCUCCCCCCUACUCUCUAAGGUCAAAGUCGAGAUUGCUGCGAUCAUGAACAAAAAUACAGACAUACCAGCAUAUCUGACUUCAGAUGAUGCUAAAUAUACUUUGGGUAUUCAUCGUGGCCCAUUAGUAUCCAAGACCGACGAUGAAGGUGCUCAGCUCGCACAUAUCGAGUCCGCCGGGGGUCUGUCAUUGGAAACGAGGAAGUUGAAGCACACUGAAAAGUUUCAGCGCCAUUGGAAGCGAUUCUGGUGUCUGCAUCUUUUGGUGACUAUCAUCUUCCUGGCCAUUUUCCUGCCUGUCUUCUUUUUGGUUGCAAUUCCAGCUAUUUCACAAAUGGUCGUGAAUAAGUCCGACCUAAUAUUGGUCAAUGCCUCGGUCCUAAACCCGCGACCAGACAAGAUUGAAUUGACGCUGUUGUCAGCAUUGAACCUCAAAAUUGCACUGCCAGUACGCAUUGAGCCAAUCACAUUAGAUCUGUUUGUGCGCGACACUGGCGCAGAAAACGCAUGGGGUCAGGCUAAAAUCGACGGCAAGGUCAUCAAGGGAAAUUCCACCCUAGGCGUGACCAAGGUCGAGACUCCAUUAAUCAACUUGGACACCUGGGAGGAGUAUGUUCACAAUGUCGUUUUCGAGAAGGAGACUGCGCUAUCAGUCAGAGGUGUAACCAAUUCGUACUUGGGUGUGCUCAAGUCCAAGGUCACAAUGGACAAGAAUAUCAUGUCGCCAGUGCUGGAUCAAUUCAAAAAAUUCAGUAUCUCCGACAGUGGACUCAUUCCAGCCCGUGAAGAUGGCACCAACCUAAUCGGGAAUGCCUCCCUCCCCAACCCGUCCGUAUUGACUCUUGACAUUGGCACAAUUGUCCUCGACGUGAAGAGUGGCGACCUCGUAAUUGGAAACGCCACCCUCAAAGACAUCACCAUCAAACCAGGUGAUAAUGUCUUCCCUUUAACUGGAGUCCUUGACAUACACACAAUGGUUGAGAACAUCGGAAAGGUGCUUGCGUCACAGGCAAAAGCCCUCAAAACCGGCUCCUUAGCAUUGGACACGGUAACCCGGACCGUCACAUGGAACGGAACACUGGUGCCAUACUACACCAAUGUGAUGAAGCAGCUAACACUGACGGCCAACGUGGCAAUUGCCGAUCUGGUUAAGAACACUGUUCACAACCUGCUCAGCGGCAAUCAAACCCUCCGAGACGUUCUCAACUCAGCGGGCGAUACGAGUAAUCUGCUAGGCAACCUCACGAGUAGCAAUGAUAACAGUGACACCGCCAGCUCAGCACUAUCUGACACGUCCGACUUCGCAUCCAAGAUGAAGACAAGCAUUGCGGUGCGCGAUAUGUUCCGUGGCACACACCCAGUUAAACGGGAUUCAGUCAUCGACUUGCUGGUCGGUAUGUACAUGAAACUGUGA